GGGAUUUGGGGGAAAUCAGAAGAGAUCCCGCCGAAUCGAAUAGCGAGUUCGGAAACUCCGAGACCAGCCGAUUUCUUCGAAGUCGAAAUCCAUCGCCGCCCUUCUACCCGAAGUUUGUGGCGGCGCAUGCUCUCUCCGUCGGUGAAAUACAAUUCCGUGAUCGUAUUUGUAACGAGUUCAGGUUUGCCGUUUUUGUUGUCUACUCGACGAAUUCCACAGUUCUGAAUCUGAACCUAGAUUCAGAGAUUCGUAGUUCUUCCUGCUUCCGAAAAAGGAUUUUUCGAGAUUUCGGAGUCAGAGUUUGAGAUCUAAGACUUAGACGAUGGCGAGCGAGGAUUGCCGAGUUUAUCACGAAAGGCAAAAGCUACAGUUCUGCCUCUUGCACGCACUCAAUAACCUCUUUCAGGAAAAUGAUGCAUUUACACGAGCGCACUUAAAUGCAAUUUCUGAAAAGCUGGUGCUCGACGAGCCAAACAGAGAACCUUGGACGCCAUUAUCAUUUGUCUUUAAGCCUCAUCACAACUCAGUAACUGGAAACUAUGAUAUAAAUGUCCUAAUUUCAGCUAUGGAAGAGAAAGGGAAGAGUGUGGUGUGGCAUGAUCAUCGGAAUGGAGCUUCUUCAAUCGAUUUGGAUGGGCCUGAGGCUACUCAUAAACUUAUGGGAAUUGUGCUUAACGUCCCAGUCAGAAGGUUUGGUGGCAUUUGGAAAAGCAGGCACUGGGUUGCUCUGAGAAAGAUCAACGAGUCAUGGUAUAAUUUGGACAGUGAUCUGCAUACUCCUCAUACGUUUAAGGAUACUGACGAGGUAAGACAAUUUUUGGAUAAUGUGAUCAAUGACAAUGGGGAAAUUUUGCUUGUUAUGAAUGACAGGAACUAAAUCUCCUGCAUAGGAUACUCGUGUUUGUGCUUGAAUCAAAUGUAAAAAAAAAUUAGAGCUGGAUUGUGUUGGCUGUUUUUUCUGCAACUUGUUUGGCAUUCUGAGAUUUACUUGGCUUGAGUUAAUGUUUUUGAUUAUUUCACAUUGCUGAUAAAGAGGGGAAAUGAUUUGAAGUGAAAAGCAAUGAGAAACUGUUCAUGUCUGAGUUUUGCACCUAAAAGCCAAAUGAAGACGAUUAUCUUUAGUUGGCACCCUGAAGGGAUUCUGAAUUUGCUAAGCUGCUGGUAAAACUGCCAUCAGAUGGAAUGGUGCCAGGUAUUUUACAGAGCAGAAUGGUUUGUUAUGAUUAAAAAAGACUCAAUUUUACCGGUCAUGGAACGUCAGGUGUUACAAUCGCACUUUUCUUAGCAGUGGACUUUUACGAUUGUGCAGCACUCCAACACUAAGUAGGUGAGUCAAUUUGGGAUCGUGUCGCCUACGGCAGGGCAUAGGCAGGGCAAUGUAUGCUUAAACCUCUAGCCCGUUUUGAGAAAAUAGUUUUAGAAAAUGGGGGCAGAGAGAUUUUUGAAAGGGAGUUUGGAAGUAAGGUUGAAAUAAAGAAUGAGAGCAACAUUAUAUGACUACAUACAAAAGGCAAUAAAAUGGCUUAAAUAGCAUAUACUUUUUCGGGUAUGGAGAAUUUGACAACUAGUCACAUUUCCUUAUAGUACAUUUUGAGGUGAUUCUAGGCUGACAGGUCUAGACACGAUUUUGCCAAAUGGUCAUACAAAGUUUAGGUGGGAGGAGUUGAUGACUAGUCGCAUCCACUUAUAGUACAUUUCGGGGCAUUUCAGUUGUAUCAGGCAUCAUGGGCAACACACAAGGCAAGAUUAGGAAAGCAAUAAAGUGAUAUAAGGCAAGAUUUUGAUAUGUAACGAGCAUGCAGUCAUGAGCAACACACCUUAGACAAGCAUCGCCGUGACACUUGGUUACAGAGAGAUUUAAUGCACACAGGACACAACAGAGCCUUCUUGGGUUUGCUUAAGAACACGCUUUGGUGGGCAGCCUGCACUUUUCAGCAGUGUGUACGUCCCUUUUCUUGAUCUCUCUGGUUUUUUUCUGUGUGUUCUUCAGACCUUCCUUCUAAUUCUAUGACGACGGCAACAAUGGAGCAGAGGAUUGAGAAAAGGAACAUGUCGAGCAACGCAACCAGGCGAAGCACAGGGUCGUUUAGAAAGUUGAGAUUUAAGUCGCUGAAAGGCCUGCAAUUCUCUCCGCUGAGCUUUUUGAAGCACCUGGCCAAUAAAGUGACCCGAGCUUGGCAUUUGAUGGCCAUGAAGAGAAGACCCCACCAUGAGCAACAACCUGUUCCGGCCAUGCCUGUCGCCACCUCGAAGCCACUGCCGGUGUCCGCCGUCGACUCACAUAGAACAGAGGCUGUGGAGGACUGCAUCAAGUACAUCAACUCUUCCUCGUAGCUCCUCGCACCAAUUCUUGGUAAGAUUUUCUCCACAAAAUGCUUAGUAUAUAUACCGUCUCUUUGUGGGUUUAAUUAAUGCCUGAUUUCAUCGUUGCUGAUCAUGAUGAAAUGUUGUUUCUUUGGUCUUCUUUAGAUUAAAAAUUAAGCCUUUCAUCUCUA